GUUUGCCCUUCCAUCUCAGACUUUUACAAGGUAUGGAAUUCCAUCUUCUCAACUUUGCAUCGUCUAGCAUGCCGCACCACAGGAUCUCAAAAUUUCCAUGCGUAUGAAUCUAUAGAUCUUUACAGGCGCUGAUACGUGAUGGGUGCAGAACGACACCUGUGAAGGUUAUAUAAUAUAUCCCCAUCAUGGCUUUCCGAAUUUCUAGACAGCAAGUCGAAGAAACCACUUCAGCACAUGGUCAACUGUCAAGUCAUCAUUGCACCAAACUUCCGACUAGCCCUAAUAACGCCACACUUUCGACGACCCCCCGGACUAUCAAACAAGAGACCUCCCAUAGAUCAGCACCUCGGACGUCUAAAGGCGCCAAGGAAUAUCGUCUUUCUUCAAAUCCGCAAUACCAGAUCGACACUAACCAGGACCUUCGAGCUCCCUAUCACAACAGUAAGAUAGUGCAAUCAAUCCUGACUUUGAGUCUGUACUAAUAAUGUGUUCGUUCCCAGAUACGCACCAUCCAUCCGAUUACGCCUAUCAAGGACCCGAUACCCGUGACACAACUCCAAGUAUUGACGGUAUGUCUGGUCUUCUUCGAAUUGGUCUGGACUCAAAAGUCCUGAUUGAUGCUCUCAGUCAAUUGGGAAAUUAUGAUGUUGCACAUAUCGUCGAUCUCCCAAUGAUUGCUUUAAUUGGAGAUCAAAGUGCUGGUAAAUCAUCACUUAUCAGCCUAUUAUCUGGGAUGUCACUACCGAGGGAUAGUGGCUGCUGCACAAGAUGCCCUGCCAAUAUUAUAACCAAAGCAGCUGAGACUUGGUCUUGCACCAUCUCACUUCGUCAAAAGUAUGGAUACCGCACAUCAAAGACUAAACCCAAGGAUCGGGAUGUUACCAAGAAUAAUCCUUUCCCACCCUGGUUUGAGCAGGAACUCGUGAUGAAGGAAUUCAUCAAAAUCACAGACAAGGGAAAGCUAGAAGAAGCGAUGAAAUGGGCACAGAUUGCUCUGCUCAACCAUAACCAGGACUAUGAACAGUUCAUCCCAGAAAUUGGCGCCCGUUUUGUGAGCAACAACACUGACACUGAAGCUGACGCCACACCGAAUGUUGUGAAAGUCGAGAUAUCCGGUCCAGGACUACCCACCUUAUCGUUCUUUGACCUUCCUGGUAUUGUUGCUAAUACUCCCACGAUUGAUCAGAGAUAUCUCAUCAAGUUUUUUGAAAACAUCGCCAAAAAGUGAGUAUUGCUCUUUCUUUAGCCAAGCCUUAUGUCUCCACCUUUAACUAGCUCAAUUACAUCUAACGUCUUGUAGAUACAUCCAAGCUCCCAAUACUUUGAUCAUCUUCGUCAUGACCAUGUCUGUGGAAGCAGUUUUGUCGAAGGCAAAAGCCCUCAUUGAAGAAGAACGUGCUACUAAUCGUUGUAUGGGCGUCCUAACGAAGCCUGACACACUUGUGGAGAAGGACGGUACUAAAGAUUGGGAGAAGAUUUUGAAUGGGGAAGAGCAUCGUCUGGGCCAUGGAUGGCGUGUUACUAAACAGCCUGGACCGGAUUUUCAAGCGACUGGGAAGGAUUUCCAUCUCCAAGCCUGCGAGGAAGAGGAAGAGUUUUUUAGCACCAACGAGUUGUGGAAACACUCAUGGUCUAAGUACAAAGACAAAUGUGGAAUUCCCAAAAUUCAAAAAUCACUUUCUCGCCUUCUUGCCGAAUCAAUCCGAAAUAGGUUAGUGAUAAGCUUCAUUCUAACUGUUUAAGAUCGAGCUAAUGGUGUGCGUGUAGCCUGCCUGAUAUAAAGAUGAAGGUUCAUAAGCGUAAGGCUACCAUCACUCAAGAGCUCCAGGGCCUGCCCGAGGUACCCAAAGAAAAUGUGCAACUUCAUUUAACUCGUCUUCUACGUAAUUUCAGUCAGGAUGUGGAAAAUAUGAUGAAUAGCGAACAAAAUUUAUCAGAUACAACUUUCUACGGAUCUUGGACCAAACUUUCUCGCCAAUUUCACGAGUUGAUAUUACACAACAAGCCAAAGUUCAUUCUCGCGGAUAAAUCGGAUAGAUUGAUGGUUGAAGUUAUCGAUCUUGAUAACGACGAUGGUGAGACCAAGCAAGAGCCUGUACCUGAAAUUUGUAAAAAACGCGGACACAAUCAGAUGGUCAACGAAGAUAGAUCAAAUUCAGGCGACCAAACACCAAGUACUCCUUUGGGGGUCAAAUCGGAGACUCCGAUCCCUCAUACUCCACGACCUAUUGCCAAUUACCGUCAGAAUCCUUUCAGGAACACCAUCUUCGAAAGACAUGCAAAUUACGGCUCAGGUUUCGCCAGUAUUGCUGACAUACGCUCACAAAUAGAAAACCAUACUUACAUGGGUCUCCCUGACAUGGUCAACACACCAGUCUACAAACAUUUCUGUCAAAAGGCUGUUCGUGAUUGGAAGCCUCCCGUCCAACAACUGCUUCAUGGGGUUAUUGGUCUGUUACGAUCUAAGAUUGAAAAGAGUGCGGAUAGAAUCUUGGGUCCAUUUAGACAAACGGAUCUAUACAAGCAAUCCAUGGCUAUCCUUCGAGAAUGGAUUGAAGAGAUUUCUAAGGCACAGCGAGAUGCACUCGAUGAACUGUACGAGCUCGAAAUAUACAGUCCUUUCACUACGAACCAGGAAGAGAUCCAGAAGACAAAACAAAGCCAGAAGUUGGAUCUUCAAAAAGCUCGUCACAAAGUCCGUGCUGCUCGCUUUAUCGAUAAAGAGAUAUAUAUCAAAUCCAUAAAAUUAAAGACGAAGGAAACCGACGGAGAAAAGGCCUGUCUCGCGGAGAAGAGGAAGCUCAUAGAAUUGGUCAAGCCUGACCAAUUGGGUAAGGACAGUUUCCAAAAUGAAAUUGAUGUCGCAGCCUAUAUCCGAGCAUACUAUAUUGUGGCCGGUAAAAGAUUCAUUGAUAGUACCUGUAUCAGUAUUAACAACCGUUUAUUUCGCCGUGUCAAAGACAACAUCACAGACCUUCUCGAAACCAGGCUAGGUGUUAAUCAUCCUCAGAAUGGUAAGAGAAUUCUUCUGCAACUUUUGAAGGAUUGUGCUAACAAAAAUAAACAUAGGUCUCAACAGAUGCGUAGAACUUAUGGAAGAAAAUUCCGAAAUUGGUGUGAAACGUCGAAAGCUCCAAAAUGAAUUAAAGGAACUCGAAGCCUUUGAAAUCAAAUUUGAGCAGCUUAUCAAAGAUAGAGUCGGAGAUGAUGAGGAUUCCAGUACCACACCUGCAUUUGAGGAGGAAAAUCAUCGAUCUGAGAGUGAGGAUCCCGACCAAUUGGGAUACCGUCAACAAAGCCCAGUCUCAGAAUUUUUAAAACGUCGCCGCGGCAUGUACAGCUGUGACAAUGAGAUUAGUGAGGCUGAGAAUGGCGAUGGUUCACUAGCAGAUCUUGAGGCUUGAAAAAAUGCCACAAUUUCUGCCAUCACUUCAUUACCAGGUCGCAUCUGUUCUUCUUUAGCACCACAAUCACUUUCUUGUCAUAUUCUAACGACAUUUGACCUCACCCGCUGGUUAUACUAUGCAAGUUUACACACUCGCGCGAUUCACCUAUUCCCCUCUAGGCUUUUUUCACCACACAAAUCGCUUUCUACUUGCAACACCCUCUUCUUCUUCAAAUAAAUUGCCUCGACCGAUGUCACGCAACCUUUCAUUCCCAUCACAUCACAUCCUCAAAUUCUUCACCACCAAGCAAAGUACGAGUCCUCCAUUCACACCAACCCGAUGAUACAUACAUACACAUACACAUACACCUUUCCUCCCCUCUCCUUUCCUUUCAUUUUUCAGCUAUUUGUUUUAUUUUCUUUCCUCCUGUUUACCUUCUUCCAAGGUUAUUAUGUUACGUUAUUCAUGUUAUCAACUUCAUUAAUGAUAUUUCCGCAACAAAAGGAAAGCAAGCAAGCGAAGGAACCGAUCAAAAAGGUUUCAAAAUUGGAAAGAAUUAUAAAUGGGA